AUGGCUUGGAACCACAUGAGGAAACGAGGCCUGGAGUGGAAACAAGGCUGGACAGGGCAGGCCUUGUCGUCCAUCUCCGCGCCUCCUCUUCCUCUGGUCACAGUUGUCGCCAUCGUCGUCUUCUUGUUAUCGCUCUCUCAGUACGCAGCGUACAGGGAGCUAAUGCAUUAUGCUAUGUUCAAUUUCAAGAUUUUGCUAUUUGUGGCUCCUGUUUUGCUCGUGUUUUUGUUGCGUUCGAGCCUGCUUAGCAGUGUAGGGUGUAUCAGGUUCCGGUCUUCUCCUAUCCGGGAGGCGGGCACAUUCCCGUGGGGCGUGGCACUCGUGCUGGUGGCGCUGCUCCUGCUGCUGUCUUACCGGUCUUCAGUUCAGUCUAGAUGGUUUCGUUUUGGGAGUUCUGAUUAG